AUGGUAAAGCUAUCAGUAUUAGGAUUACUAUUUGCAGUUGUUGGUGCUGUAAGAGGAGCUAAAACGGAAUUAGGUAUCUCAAGUUCUGUAAUUGGUGAGCUUAAAGGUAAAGGUUAUACAAAUAGUGAUAUUGAAUCUUUAGUAGGGACUAUAAGAAGUGCACUGUUAAGUGUUCAUGAAGAUAAUCAAAUUAGUGCAUGUGGUGAGGGCCUAAGAGGACUACUUGACAGGCAAUUACUACCUGGUGAUCCUGAUGCAAUGGAAAAAGUUACAGGUAUCAUCCAUAAUAGCAACUUCCAAUUAUAUAGGGGGAAAAUUGCUAUUGUUACUCUAACUCCAUCAUCAAUUACACUUCCUAUUGAUACUUUAAACGACAGAUGCUUUGGUAUUAGAACUACAUCGGGCAUUGCCUAUAAUAUUUGUGCUACAGAUAGAAAUAUGAGGAACAUAUGGAUAAAUGCAAUUACUGAACUAGUUCUUUGCAAAACUACAGGUGUGAGAACUGGAAGGUUACCAACCCCAUCAUUAAAACAGAAUAUAUUGGCUUCUACUAAUCUUGGAAACGUUGGUGCUAGUGGAAUUAACAUUUUUGUAAAGGAUAGCAAUGAAGGAAAGCCAUUUGUAACUAUAAAUGGAAAACCAAUUUCUAAAAUCAUUGAGCAACAAGCAAUGGCAGCAGAAAAGGCUAUAUCAGAAGUACCUGGAGAAGAUUAUGAUGAAGAUCUGUUGAAUUUUCCUACAGAAAUUUUAGGCUCUUCAAGUAACGAUAUAGCAGAUGGAAGUACACUUUCUGAUGCCGAAAAAUUAGCUAUUCAAGAGUCUGAAGCUGAACACUUAAUGUUACCAAUAAAUGAAGCUCCUCCCGUAGGCUAUGCUUCUUUGCAUAUGGGUAACUCCAAAACAAGAAAAUAA